GAUCGGAUUCGAUUCGAUUCUCGAUUCAUCAUUCCCCAUGGUCGCAUCACUCUCUCGGGAAACUUGAAGCAAACAGUGCGAGGGAUGGCAGAUAGCAACAGCAAUAUAGCAAUCAUUGAGGACACUAGCAGCGCAACCAAUAGUACACCAAGCAUCAGAGCUUCCUCUCGAAAGAACCGAGUUUAUGUGUUUCGAGACUUUCUGUUGAAGACAUAUGGCAAUCACAACAAUGGCAGUGCGGAUUGCCUGUUGAAACCUGGGGCUGUGAUGCUGGAUGUAGCCGGUGGGAAGGGUGACUUGUCAUGGUUGCUCUUGAAUGCCGAUGGUAUUGAAUCCAUUGUGUUGGAUCCGAGGAGUUUGGCGUCCGCAAACCAUUUGAUUCGAUCGGUCCAUUGGUUGGAAGAACAUCCAAAAGAAGCCAAACUACGAGCCGUUCCUAGUCGUCUCACACACCAACCACUAGCUGCUCUGGUGCCGAUGAUAAUUGAAAAAAGGGAUCAGCGACGGCAAGGCCAAAUAGCUGAUAGACAGGACAAAGAGUUCCUGGAGCCCCGGCAUUUGCAGUUGAAACUAGAUACUGCUUUGGUGGAGGCCAUACGACAAUCGAUCCAAGAGGAAAGUGUUGCUGCUACAAAUCGGCAGCAUUGCCCAAGUACUUGGUUGAGAUUUUGGGAUGCAAACAUGAAAAGUAAUUGUGGGCAACAAGUGACUGCAUCUGAGCCUUGUUUCUUACCGGAGAGUGAACGACAUCAAGAGGUUGAUGCCGAACAAACCAUUCAGAAUGCCUCUGAAGCCUGGGGCUUGCUGCAGAGGAUUCAGCUGAUAGUAGGGUUUCAUCCAGACCAGGCCACUGAAGCCUGUUUGGACUUAGCCGUGUUACUCAAGGUUCCAGUCGCGAUUGUGCCUUGCUGUGUUUUUCCUUCCGAAUUUCCAGACCGGAGACUAGAAAUAGAACAAGAGAACUAUGACGGGGCUGUGACCAGGACAACGACACGGGUGCGAGACUACCAUCAACUGCUUCUCUACUUACAACAGAAGCAGCCGAAACUGCGAAAAGACACGCUGGCCUUUCAUCAGACUGAAACAUCGCGGAAUAUCGUCCUCUAUGCGCUUCCAGAGGAGAUUUGAUGUUGUUUGUACCAGCUAGUACACGUAGAGAAAAACAAACAGUCUCAUCUUGCACCACGGUGCUGGAGAGAUAUUUCCAUAUCGUGACAAAACUGAAUCUCUAAAGUUUAUCUAUGUUCGUUUUCGUCUGGCCCGCCUUUUCUUCGGAGUUGGUUCGGGUGGUGGUGGCGGCGGUUCAUCUUCCUCCUCUUCACCUUCAGCGUCGGCCUCUUCGGCUUUUGACGAAGCCUUGAGGGACAACUUGAUACGAAGCUUCUUCUUGGGGGCUUUCUUCUUUCCAGGAGAUGGGAGUUGCUCUUCUGAGAAACCGUUUCGCUUCAGCACACGAUCCAGCUCCUUUUCAAGAGCUAGAACAUCUUUGACAACCCAGGAACCCUCGCCGUUGAACUUUACGGCAUUGGCAAUCAUCAACUUCCAAUCGUCCUUGUAUUCGGAAAAGUGCGUGUACAGCUUCCCCCUGCACUUUCGCAAGAUGUCAUUGAUGGCAAUCGGUUUGUCAAUCAGCUCGUAGUAAUCGGGGAACUGCUGUGGUGCUGGCUUUUCCAGGAAUAAGUCAGCCAGCCGACGUUUCGUCCCCGGCUCUUUCAAUGCGACUACGGUCUUUGUGCAGCUAAUGAGCUUUCGGAAGGUCCAGUCGGUGAGCUCGUUUCCGAUAGCGGCGCCGGCAUCUCCAGAGGGGGCAACAUCUUCGUCCUCUUCGUCGCCGUCACUAUCGGCUUCUGGUGCAUUCACAGCGGCUUUCUUCCCUCCCUUCCUGGCUUUCUUUCGUGCGUUCUUUUCUUUUUCCUCUUCGACGGCCUUUUUGUCCAUCAUCCGCAUGAACUGCUUCUCUGUCAAGCCAUCGUCGUAAACAACAGCCUUCCUCUUUCUUGAGUUGUUGUCUACGUCAUUGUCAGCAUUAUUCUCAUACUUCUGCUUCCCACCGGGAAAGUUAAUCCAGUCGGGGACAUCAUCUGGUGAUUCAAACAGCUCUGCCUGUGGAAGGCCAUCGCGAACACGUCUGUUGUCGUAAUCACAAUACAUUUCAUAGUCUCUGUCGUUGUUGCUGAUAAGCUCGUUGAAAUCUUCCUUUUCUUUUUCGCUUACAGCGCUAUCGUCGUCCUCGUCACCGUUGUCAGAUCCCGAUUUUUCGGAUGGCCCCUUGUUCGUCGACUGAGCGUUGGAGCUAUCAAAGUCGGUAAGAAGAAUCUCCAUCAGCUGUUUUCGCUCCAAACUGUUGUCGCUCUCGACGCUCCCUUUGUUGAACUUUCCGGCUUCCACCACCAAAGCAGCGGUGUUGAGCUUUUCCGUGGCACGGCUAAGAAUCUUCUCUUCCACAGGUGAAUUCGUGCACAGUCGGAACACUGACACAUCAGAGCGUUGUCCGAUCCGAUGAGCACGAUCUACAACAAAACAAAAGCGAAAAGGAAUGGUGAGAGGGCGGCCCCGCAGUUAGCAUCCGU